GCCUUAGGUAUGUGAGAAAAUGCCUCUUGUGGGUAUUUGUUUGGUCUUUUAAUAUGGGUCGGGUCGGGUUUGGUUUUAAAAUUAAAAAACGGGUUAUUUAAAAUGAAUUGGGUUAUUCUGUUAGUUGAGGGGUACAUAUGUAAACUUUAAUAACGGCGGGGUAUAUAAAACCCCAAAGUAUGAUGGAGGGUAAAUUUGGUCAAUUUUUCAAAGUAGAGGGGUAUUUUUGACCCUUUUCCCAAAAAAGAAAGUUCUCGAAAAGAAGGUUCUCGAAGAUUGUACAUUACUUCAUUAUGGCAACUGAAGAUAAAACACUGUUUUGUUUCUGUCACUGGGGUAGGAAAAGUAAGGUGCUUCCAGAUGGAUCAACUUUGUAUGUGGGAGGUUUGGAGAAGGAGCCUUAUUCUAUACUGCCAUCAGUUGGUGCGGAAAAAGUUGAACUUACUGUUGAUUCAGAUUCGGAAGCAGACACAAUAGCUGAUAGUGUUCUUCCAGAGGUAUAUGAUUAUCAUGAUGCAGAAUUUAGUGAUUUUGACAAGCAUAGAGCACAAGAUUGCUUUGCAAGGGAUCAGAUCUGGGCUUGUUUUGAUACAGUUGAUGGAAUGCCAAGAUUCUAUAUGCACAUUAGGAAGGUGGUACAGAGUCCUGAAUUUAAGGUGUUGUUCAGUUGGCUUGAGGCUCAUCCGGAAGAUCAGAAGCAAAAGGCUUGGGUGAGGGCAGAGUUGCCUGUUGGCUGUGGGAAAUUUAGAUGUGGGAGUAAACAAUUCACAUUUGAUCGACUUAUAUUUUCUCAUCAAGUGCAUUGCGAAGUGGACAAAACAGGUGUUCACAUUAUAUAUCCUAGGAAAGGGGAAACAUGGGCUGUUUUCAAAGAUUGGGAUAUUAGUUGGAGUUUGAUCCAGAUAAUCAUAGGAAGUACAAGUAUGAAAUUGUGGAGAUUCUUUCUGAUUAUGUUGUGGAUGUUGGUGUCCAAGUUUGUUAUUUAGAAAAAGUGACCAGAUUUGUUAGCCUUUUCCAGCGAACAAGGCCGUAGACUGAAGUUAAUACAUUCUUUAUAAAGCCAAAUGAACUUUAUAAGUUCUCUCAUCGAAUUCCGUCUUUCAAAAUGACUGGAACUGAACGAGAGAGUGUUCCGGCAGGAUCAUUUGAACUUCACCCUAUUUGUCUUCCGUACAAUUCCAAUGAUAUUUGGUACCCCGGGAAAGUUAAGGAAGACUGCAGGACCGCAAAUUCUGAACCUGUAGAAAAUGUUCAGCCUGUAGCGGCAUCUCUGAAGUCAGGGGACUUGAAUGUCAUCCAGAAUGCUAUUAAUGGAGAUUCUGUUAAGGUUCAGGUAUCAGCUAACGAAAUGAACAUCUCUGAAAAAAAGCGACCUCAGAUGAGCUCUUGUUAUGCAAAUGAUGGUGAUUUUGUACAUAGUUGUGUUAAAAAAACCCGUCAAUCAAUUCCCGACAUACCAAUUAAUUUGUCAUGUGAAGCUGAUACAAAGUUGCAUUCACGCACAAAGAGCUUUGAUCUCAGCGACACCUUUGAAGAAUUCUUUUGUGAUUUUAAGAUGGACAGAUGUAGGGAAAUGUUUGAAGUAAAUCAGGUAUGGGCUGUUUAUGCUAGAAAUAGUACAUUGCCGAAGACAUACGCGCUGGUUAAGAAGAUAGUUUCUGUGCCAUUCAAAUUGCAUGUAGUCCUUCUUGAAGUAUGUGCAGGGCCUGAUAAUGCUGCUCAGUCGGUUUGUGGAACGUUCGAAGUCGAGAAUGAAAAGUAUCUAGUCUUUGGUCCUAUCUCAUUCUCCCAUGUGGUGAAAAGCAGUAUCUGUUAAUGAAACCAGAUUUGAUAUUUAUCCAAGAGGAGGAGAGAUUUGGGCAAUGUACAAGUGCUUGAAAAAAUCAGGUUUCGGUACAGACAAGUUUGAGUAUGAGAUAGUAGAGGUCAUUGAGAAUUCAAAAGAUAACCGGAUACAAGUUUCGUCCAUGGUUCGUGUGAAUGGUUUUAAGUCGGUCUUUAUUAGCUCUCAAACAUCAAAUUCUGUUAUUUUAGAAGAUGAAUUUUGGAGGUUCUCUCACCAGAUCCCGGCAUUUCUGUUGACUGGGGAAAAAGCAGGGGUUUUGAGAGGAUUUGGGAGCUUAAUCCUACUUCAAUACCGUGUACUCUGUAAAGUGAUGCACUAGUUGUAGUGUGAAUUGAUGGGAUUGGUUCUCCUAGACUAACACACCGGAUGGCCUAUUGUUCUCGAUGAUUAAGGUGGAACAUACCUAUAGAGAGGACAAGAUGGAUGUCUAGUUUUUUGAAGUUUGCAUAUUUAUGAUACCUCUCUCCUGUUUGCCAUUGUUGAUAGUCGUCAUCCUUCUCUAUUUUCUUUUCUUUCUAGUUCUGAAGCUGAUUGGAAAGGAAGAUGUAAGUAUGUAAUCAAACCUUCAUAAAAGAAUAUGAGAGGACUGUUCUGUCUUAUUUUUAGUUGACUUCUUAUCAUGCGGA